AUGAAUCCUUUUGCUGGCCACCCAGGUUGUCAGUCGGAAGAUCUUUGCGGCGAAAAUCUCAACCGGCAGCCACUCAAACCACUGGCCAGUAGAAAGAAAAUCGCCAGUAGAACCAAAAAGAAAGAGCUCGAAGACAACAACACCAGGACAUUGGACGCAAUGCGUAAGAACAUAGUACAGGUGUUGGAAAAGUCUACCAUUAUGCCAUUUAGGUGGCUGAGCAGUUGUUUCCGAUGCUUCUAUUGUUACGAAAUGUUUGACAAACCCCAGGACUUGAAGUCUCACCAGGAAACCCAUAACCCUCAGGAUUUGGAGAAGAAUAUGAGGAGUUACUGCGAACCUUUAGUCCAUGUAGAUGUAUCAGAGAUCAGCUGCAAGUUAUGUUACGCGAGAAUGGAUGACGUAUUCCAACUUGUAGACCAUUUGAUAAUCCUACAUGAGAUACCUUUUGAUAGAGAAAUUGGCAUCAGUUUGGUGCCUUUAAACUUGGAUGAGGGACCGAAAUGCUUCUUUUGUGCGAUGGUUUUGAAAACCUACGCAUUGUUACUCGCGCAUAUGAAUAAAUUCCACAAGAACUACUUUAAAUCUUUAUGCGCCAAGUGUGGGAGACAAUUCAAAGGUUACGAAGACUUGUGUCGACACGCGAAAAGUCAGACCUUAGAGGAUUACCAGGAGAAAUGUUCGCAAUGCGGUUUGCUGGUGAGUUACGGGGUUUUACGAGCACACAUGAAAGAUGUCCACGGAAGGAGGUACAAAUGCUUGAGUUGCUUCGAGUUCUUUACCAGCCAUUACAAACGUUCGAACCAUAUGGCCGAUGUUCACAAUCGGAGAGACAGAAUCAAGUGUUCCUAUUGCAAUAAGACGUUCAUCUUCAAGAGUAUCAUGCAGAGGCAUGUCAGAGAGAACCAUUUGAAGGUCAAAAAUGCAGUUUGCGAGAUUUGUGGGUGGAAAACUUUUGGGAAACAUGAAUUGGUGAAUCACAUGGCGCGCCACACCAGCCUCAGGGUGAUCAAGUGUCCUGAUUUUUCAGAGCCAGUAAUCAGGAAUACAUCAGAGCGACACAGAAAAUACGACAUAACCAAACUACUCACCGUCAUCAUAGAAUGCAGCACCAUUAUGCCCUUCAGGUGGUGUGCUAACAAAUUCAUGUGCUUCUACUGUGGAUGCCCCUUCGUCGACAGUUCCAAGCUAAAACAGCACACCACAGAAGAACACAGCGAUGCUAAGCUGAAGAACGUCCUAAGAAACAACCGAUGUAGCAGAAUCAAGCUAGACAUUUCCGAUAUAUCUUGUAAAUUGUGCCCAAAACCUGUGUCAAACGUUGAGGAAUUCCUCAAGCAUAUAUCCCAUGCUCACGAUGUCAAAAUCGACACGAAUGAUGUCGAUGAAGCUCUGUUCUCAUUCAAAUUGAACGAUGAGUGCAUGAAAUGUUUGGAAUGCGGUCAAAGCUUCCGAUUCUUUGGACCGUUAUUGACUCAUGUCCACAGAUUUCACACAAAAGUGAAGACGUUCCUUUGUGAUAUUUGCGGCCAAGGGUUUGUUGCUAAAGUCAAUCUAUACAGCCACGUUAGAAGCGUCCAUUCGAGCUACAGUUUCAAAUGGGACGAUUGCAAGAACAGAAUACGUUCCAAAGAAGUCAGCGUCAAAUGUCCUAAAUGCUCUGAGGUUUUCCGUAGCAGCUAUUUGAGGAAACAGCAUUUGGCGUUGGUACACGAUGUCAAGGCAUCCCAAUUUAAAUGUGAGGAAUGUCCGCGGAUAUUUACCGAGAAGAGUCGUUUGGUUGAGCAUAAAUUGAGGACUCAUUUGAAGGAGAAGACAUUUGCUUGCGAGAUUUGUGGCUUCAAGGUCUUUAUGCGAUUUUUGUAUGAAGUCCUUUCAGAGGAAGAAGACCUUGGAUAUCCAUAG